AUGGUUCCUGACAGUAGAUUAUCAACUGAAGAAGUCAUGAGGGUAGCAAGAGCAAGGUUCAUCCAAAUUUCUUGCCAGCAGCACAUUGAUCUCUCCUUGCUUAACCAUUUCUUUGAUGGCCAUGUUGCUCAGUUUGGCUCCUCUGGCAAGGAGAUCAAAGACAUGGAACUUGCACUACUUCUUCUAGCUUCGGCUGACAAGAUUGAAAAUCAGCAAUUUGAUAAUGCGAGCAAAUCCCUUAACUUGUGUGGUUUCUUGUCUUCCAAGAGAGGAAAUUCAGUUCAACGAGUUGUUCAUUAUUUUGCAAAAGCUCUUGGUGAGAGGAUUGAACGAGAAAUUGGGGUUGUCACAUUAACGGGAAUGGAAAGCAAAGGUCAGCUAUUGCAUCCAGAAGAGACAACAGUCACUCUGAAUCCUGCUCUUAUUGCAUGUUCCUUACGACAACCCUACAGUCAAGUUAGUCAAUUCGCUGGAAUCCAGGCAGUUGUAGAGCGUUUGACCUCUGCAAAGAAAGUUCAUUUUAUAGACCUUGCCAUUAGAAGUGGAGGGCACUGCAUAGUUUUGAUGCAAGCUCUUGCCAAUCGACAUGAAAGCCCAGUCGAGCUUCUAAAAAUAACUGCUGUUGGAACAACGUCAGAGCAGAAAAUGGAAGAGGCAGGUGUAAAGUUGUCCUGUUUUGCUGAGACCUUGAGCUUACCGUUUUCAUUCAAAGCUAUUACAAUUGAAAACAUCAAAGAUUUAAAAGAAGAUAUGUUCGAGUUAAGUGAUGGAGAAGUCGUAGCUAUCUUCUCCAGGAUUAUGCUGAGAACCAUAAAACCACACCCUGGUUGCAUGGAAUCUCUUCUAGGAGUGCUAAGGAACCUAAAUCCGCGUGUGAUGGUGAUCACCGAGUUCGAGGCAACUCACUGCUCACCAAUAUUCAUUGAUCGGUUUCUCGAAGCACUAUUUUUCUACAGUGCUUUUUAUGAUUGUCUUGAAUUUAACAUGGAUCCGUGUGAUCCAUAUAGAAUGACACUGGAAGCAUGUCUGGGACAGGAAAUCCGAGAUAUUGUUGCUGCUGAGGAUGAUAAAAGAAUGUUCCAGCACUUCAAGAUCGAUGGCUGGAGGGCUAAUUUCGCAAAGUUUGGAAUGGUGGAAGAAGAACUUAGCACGUCAUCUUUUUAUCAAGCAGAGCUGGUGCUUCAGAAUUUUGCUUCUGGAAAUUUAUGCACACUUGACAGGAAUGGAAAAUGCCUUAUUACUGGAUGGAGGGGAACUCCAAUUCUUUCAGUUUCUGCUUGGAGGUUCCAUCAACAGGAACAGAAAAGGAAGGGUUGUCCCAAGAAAUAUUAA